AUGUCUUUAUUGUAGCGUCACGAUGGCUGCUCCUGGUACCAGCCUGGGAGAGCUCUUUUUGUUUGUCCUUAGAGUUAAUGAGUAACCAACUUUACACAAUUGUCUCCCGGUACAACACAAAAGAUACUCAGAUACUUCCACAUAGAACAUCACCCUAAAGAAGAAACUUGCAGAUGAACUGUUCAUAUUCACUUCGUAUGAGUUUAUUUUUGUAUUAGCUGUGUUUUAUCUGAAAAGACACUCGAUCGACUAGAUGGAAUGACAGUCACAGACAUUUUAUCAACGCCAGAAAAGACGUCUCGCUCAAUGUGCGUUUCAUUGCAAUGAGAGAUAGCGACGAAAUUAUUUGAAUUUCUCCUGUCGGGUUUUGCUUUGCAUAGUGAAACUCAUCUAGGCUGGGAAUCGCAGAGGUCACAUGACUAAGUGUGAUCGGUUAUCUUCAGCUUAGGACCAGAGAACUUGUGGAUAUAGAAUUUGAAACUGGUGUGUGAGAAGCGGUUGGAGAAAUCAAGAAGAGAGAGAAGAGAUCAGAAGCUGAAACAUGUCCUGAGCAUUUCUGAGGAAUUCACAGCAGCUGAAUGCGGUAGAACGUGUUUCCUUCUUGGAGAACCAGCAGAAUCAGUUCUGGUGCUGUUAAAGACCAUGUGAGUGCUGAGCAUUCCUCCAACCUGAAGUUGCAGAAGUUUACUCUUUGUAACUCGAGACUGGGGACAAAAAGUAAACAGUCCAGACUUGAAAAACAAACUAUAAAUGCUUUCUGCCAAGUCAAGGAAGAGAUAAAUGAGACUUGGUGCUUUAAGGCACUCACACACUCCCUCAGCGAGAAGAAGAACAAACAAGCAUAAUAACAGAUCUGUCUGCUGGGGUUACUAUAGGCCAUCGGCCACCGAUUAUGUUUGUGUGUGUGACAAACACUGGAAUCAUGUGGCACUAGUUAGCACAGACUCUUCCAGAGCAGACUGUAAGAUCAGGUGGAGAUCAUCUCUUCUCUACACACUCCACACUCUAUUUGGGACUUGGACUAAUCAGAAGGCUGGCUAGCAUUUUGAACCCGGAAUUAUACGCUCACGGCAUCCUGAAACAUAUCUCGACCUGCUGUUGUGAGACUGGUUAGUGCCACUGGUGCUUGAAGGUGUUAGAUUUUAUAAUGGAAGGUUCUCAUGGGGACUGGGAAAUCUUGCUGGAGCUGGAGGAGACUCUUAGCAGGUUUCUACUGCUGCAGGGCUCAGCCGUGCCUUACAGCCUGCUACGGAGUUCCACGGAAACCCAGUCAGAGGAGGAAGACCAGGAAGACGAGGACAUCCCAGCUGUUCUCAGCCCCACCUAUAAGCAGCGAAAUGAAGACUUCAGGAAGCUCUUCAAACAGCUCCCAGAUACAGAGCGCCUCAUUGUGGACUACUCCUGUGCUCUGCAGAGGGACAUCCUCCUGCAGGGAAGACUCUACCUCUCCGAGAACUGGAUCUGUUUCUAUAGCAACAUCUUCCGCUGGGAGACACUACUGACGGUGCGUCUGAAGGAUAUUUGCUCCAUGACUAAAGAAAAGACAGCGCGUCUCAUUCCCAAUGCCAUCCAAGUGUGCACAGACUCUGAGAAGCACUUUUUCACAUCGUUCGGGGCGAGGGACAGGACGUACAUGAUGAUGUUCCGGCUCUGGCAGAACGCUCUGUUGGAUAAGCCCCUGUGUCCGAAGGAACUGUGGCACUUUGUGCAUCAGUGCUAUGGUAACGAGCUCGGGCUGACCAGUGACGAUGAAGACUACGUUCCCCCCGAUGAUGACUUUAACACUAUGGGUUACUCUGAAGAGAUCCCUGCUGAAGAGAACGAGGUCAGUAAUGAUAACUCAUCUAAGAGCAGCGGAGAGAAUAAGCAGGACAGCAGCCCUCAGUCACACAAGAGGUCAAUCACACACUCCACCAUCACGUCCAUGCCCAGCAGCACAGACCUGCCUCUGUCUUUUGCUCUUGCUUCUGAGGAGUACACGGACUGUCUGCCCGACCCGGAGCUCCUCACGUUGCCUCUGCUGGCUGACGAGAAGAGCUGCGAGUCUGCAGAGGGACAGCUGGGUCCCGUGUCUUCGCCUUCUCUCGACUUCAACGAUAACGAAGAUAUCCCGACCGAGCUCAGCGAUUCGUCUGACACAGACGACGAAGAAGUGGAGGUACAGGCGUUCCAUGAUGACCUAAACGGGCGUCAGUACAUUAAUGAGGUGUUUAAAUUCAGCGUGGACAAAAUGUACUCGUUCCUCUUCACCGAGUCGCAGUUCAUGGCAGACUUUAUGGAGCAGCGCAGAUUCACAGAUGUAGUGUUCCAGCCUUGGAAGAAAGAGGAAGCAGGGAACCAGAGGAGAGAAAUCAUGUACACUAUCUCACUCUCCAACCCACUGGCUCCCAAAACAGCCAACGUCAGCGAGACUCAGACUCUGUACAAAGCCAGCCAGGAGAAAGAGUGUUACAUCAUCGAUGCAGAAGUUGUCACUCACGAUGUUCCUUAUCACGACUAUUUCUACACACUGAACCGCUACACACUCACCCGCGUGGCCAAGAACAAGUGUCGGCUCAGGGUUUCUACAGAGCUGCGAUACAGGAAGCAGCCUUGGGGACUGGUCAAAGGUUUCAUCGAGAAGAACUUCUGGAGCGGACUGGAGGAGAACUUCAGGAGCCUCGAGCUCGAGCUGACGAAAGCCGAAGAGCUCAUAUUAGAAGUACACGGGCCGUCACCGAAAACCAAAGCUCUGAAAAACUCCACCCUGAGGCGGAGAAAAAGGCCUCUUCCUCACCUGCGCACACCUCACAUGGAGGAAACGCUCAGCCCUGUGACUACACCCACUGAUGAGGAAGUCAUCCAUAGAAUCAAGCAUGUAUCAGCAGGCUCCACCCAAACGAGACACAUUCCUGAACACACCCCCAGAGGCGGAGCCUUCUGCAAACUCUCCAAAUUGCUGCUCAUUAUCAGUUUCGUCCUGGUGCUUUUGGUUUUCCUAAACAUGAUGCUCUUCUAUAAGCUGUGGAUGCUGGAGUACUCCGCUCAGAGUCUUAUGACCUGGCAAGGUCUCCGUCUGGACGAGAGUAAAUUACCUCAGACGCAGGUGGAAUGGGCUCAGCUUCUAGAGUCUCAGCAGCGCUUCCAUGAAGCCGAACUACAGAAAUGGAGAGAAAUCAUCAAAUCAUCAGUUCUGCUGCUAGACCAGAUGAAAGACUCUUUGCUGAGUCUGCAGAGAGGUGUAACUUUUAGAGACUAUGGCUCAGACUCAGACGAGAAACGGACUCGCUACCAUUGACACAUCCCCUGUAGAGCCACCAGGUGUCGCCGGUCAGCGCAGCGUGAAGUCCGUGUACGAGUGUGUGAACAGAAUCCUCCUGUGCACUGUUGUUACACCAAUAGGGGCGGUGGGGGUUUGGGGUUGGGCACAGAGAAAGAUUGGGGGAACGUUCACGGAGAAUCCACACCUAGGAUAUCAUGACUCCAUCUGCUCUGAGGAAUCGUGGGAACGUGACGUGCUGCAGUCUUCCCUCUUUUUCUCCGCCUUUCAUUCACCGAUGCUGAUAGCAAGACGAAAGUCUCCGCAGAGAGACAAGCCGUGGAUCGAGGAUGCAAAAAUGAGAAGUCUGUUUUUUUAUCUAUAUAGUUUCAUUUGAAACCCUCUAGUCCUUGAAGUGUUGUGACCCCUUUUCUGUUAAUUGAAGAAAAGUGAUGUGAUCAUUUUAGCCUUCAGGAGACUCUCUGGCAUGUCGUUUCACUGUACGGCUGCAGUGUCCCUUUCCCAGCAUACACAUGGCCAUGAUGACACUCUUCCCUCACAUUUCCAUUACAAAUGAACCCUAGUGGCCCAAUAUUUGGACUGUUAUUGCAGGAAGUAUUAGAAGCCACAUAAGUAGUAAAGUGCCUUUAAAACUUAAAGGUGUAGACGCUUUUGUAAGUCGGAGAGACUUCUGCUGCCUGUGAGCUGAAUCAUGAACAUUUCAGAGUAUAAGAUCAGCACUCUGGGUCCAGCUGGAGAGAGUUCAGGGCUGUAGUUAAGCGCAAGGCGGUGACGCUGAUAGCCGUCUGGCUGAAUGCUCUCUCCGGUCCUGGGGCUUCAGUCUUCUGGUCAAAGGUGCUUAAAAUUCAGUCACUUUACUGCUAACUCAUUUGUUUGCUAUUUAUUAUGUGACGUAUUAUGUAACCAUCCCCAAGAAAAGUGAUUAGAAUUUAUUUUCGAUUCAAAAACGAUUCAUUUGGAAUCGAUUCGAUUCGUUUGACAGAUAACGGUUCAAAUCACAGGUAUAUUCUAAUACGUUAGCGUUUCUAUAGCAACAACUUACACUAUUACUUGUAUGCCUGUUGGUUUUUAGAAAAUAUUUAAAGACGUGAUGAUCAUUGACACAGAGACAUUUUCUCUAAGGAGACUUUUUACUUUUUGGAAAGGAGUCUCCAGUAUCAGAGUAUGAAAGUAUGAUGUAUUCAGUUUUGUUUUUUUUUUUUUUAAAUCCCGAACCCUGUUGUGUUUUAUUUUUUGGCCAAUUGUGAAACAAGGGACACUGCAGCCAGUCGUCAAAGAAGAGAUGUAUUUUUUAUUACAGUGUUUGGUUACUAAACUGUGAUUCUUUCUCCUAAAAUGUUAAAUGAUAUGGAAAUAUAAGAUAUAUAUAUAGUAUAUUUGGGAAGAGAAUAUAUAAUAUAUAUUUAAUUUAUCUAUGUGAUGAAUCUAAAUCUAGACAGGAUAAAAAAAAAAACUCUAAAAUGAAAUAGCGUUUACUUCAGUGUUGCACCGGCACACGUCUGUGACGUGUGUGUGAGUGUGUAUGUGUGAGAGAGUGUGAGAAACUUGUACUGUAAUAAGUAACGUCUAUGUGUCACGUGUUUCCGUGUGUUAGUACAAGUGGACAAUUGUCUAGCGUGUUUGAAGUUUCAGACCAUUCCACUCUACUUGUCAUGUUCUUCAUGUCUGGUGUACAAAGCCAAGCUGCCUUUCUCUUGCCCAGCAGUUAUCGAGCAGUAAACUCCCAGAGCCGCCAUAUCGGCUCGUCCCCCAUCCCCCCACACAGAGAGUGCAGUCACCUAUUGUUUAGGGUAGACGUCUGGAUCACCGCUCUCCUGACGUAAACACAAUGCCUGAGGUGAAUUUUCAAAGCACUGAAAGACCUGAAUUUUCUUGUCAAUAUAUUUGGUCAAGGAACAUCUUUUUGCACAGAGGAGACAGAGAAGGGUUUAACCUGAACCAAAUAUAUUACUGAAUUCUGUAUAGAUGUAUAUAAUAAUAAUAAUAAUAAUAAUAAUAAUAAUAAUAAUAAUAAUAAUAAUAAUAAUGAGACCCAUUGACUUUUAUUUUGUUACUCUUGGUCAUUAAGUCUAUGGCUGUGCUCCAAUACUGUCUACAAUCUUUAGGGUUUUUCUAUUAAUUAUUAUAUUCGGCUAAGUAAAGGUUGUUAGAUGACGGCUGAGAAACCGAGCCGGAGUCACAUCACAGACUAAAAGAAUAAAUCUUCUUCAAAAGUGGGUUUUAUACACAGCCAACUUCACCGCCUGUACAUCAUAGGAGCAGAGUUUGGAAAUAAAAAGUCCAAUUAUUUUACUACUGUAUUUUUUUAUUUUUUAAGUGUGUGUAAUUAACUUAAGAAUUUUUUUCUAUAUGACAAAAUUAAUUUUUAAAACAUCACUGUCUUUCUCUUUUAUCGCAUGUGUGACUUUUUUAGCUUUAAAAUAUGUAGUUUGUCUCAUCGGAGUCUCAACAGUUGUUAGUUUGCCUCAGCUACGGUUUUCCCAUCGUUUCUUACUUUAACUAACUUUACUGUAUUUCUAUUUUAACUAGUGUAAAGAAUUUGAUGCUGUGCUUCAAAUUUAGCAGGUUAUUUAUUUAGUAGAAAAGAAUUUGAAUUAAUUUUCUGGCUCUGGACACUUGCCUAGCUAGUUAAAUGCCUCGCUAGUUAGCACGCUAGCUCAGGGGUGACAAACUAAAGUCCUAGAGGGCAACAAACCCUUUAGAGAUUUGUAUUCUCCCUUUUGGGAAUAAGUUCGUGAUUUCUGUUGUAUUGGUGUAUUAAAUAAAGAAUUUGAUGUACUGCAGGCCUUCAUGACACAACUAGCUAAACCAGCUCAUUAGCUAGUAAAACAGUCUGUACAAAUAGAAAAGAAAAUGGCUGCCAUUUUGCUUCAGAUGAAGAAAAAUCUGCUUCCUGUCCUGCAGAUGUUACAGAGUCAUCAAAGGGUUUAUAAAUACAGUAUUGGAACACAGCCUAAAAGUGUGUGUGUGUGUGUGUGUGUGUGUGUGUGUGUGUGUGUGUGUGUGUGUGUGUGUGAAGAGAUAAAGCACUUUAUUUAUUGGUGACAGCAUGAGACAGAGGAAUGUGUUGACUGAGAGAGAGCUACAUUACUGUGGAGAGUAUUUCGUGUGCUCGUAACGUCACAUGCUGGGAUCGUUCUAAUUUUAGUUUAUCAACUAAUUUCUUUGGAAUCAGGUGCUUUGCUAAAUCACUUCAACUUUAAAUCAAAGUUGCACAGUUACAGAACUUUCUAGAAUGUUCCUUUUAUUCCCAAUAGCUUGCUUUGCUCUGAUGUCAUUUGUUAAAUUUUCCUUUUUAUUCCUACUUCUUCAUGGGUUUGAACGUUUGAACAGAUUGAAUGUUUCCUCUGCUGUAGUUUGCUGUGUUUUUUUUUUUUUUUUUUUUUUUUUUUUUUGGUUUGUGUUUGGUUCAAGAUGCUGUUUGAAACAUUUCUAGAAAUGAGUGUUACAUGUCGACUACCUGCUGCCUAUUUAUAGUGAUUUAUUUUAUUCAGGUUUAAAACUCUCACUAAUGUUACAGUCAUUACAGACAAAAUCAUUUCCUCAAUUUUUUAUAUAGUUUUUUCUGUGGGCCAUGUUCAGAGUUGGUGACUUAAAUCCCGAUUUUUAUGCCACGUUACACAUAUUCAGAGUUUGUUUAGGCAGCUUGAUUCUCUCUCUCUCUCUCUCUCUCUCUCUCUCUCUCUCUCUCUCUCUCUCUGUGUGUGUGUGUGUAUAUGUGUGUGCAUGUAUUCCAUUUCAUAUUUUAUAGACAUAGUUAUUUUUUUUUUCUUAUGGACCUUGAUCAUCUCAGAUGAAGUUAUUAUGUCCACAAACGUCAGUGAAAUGAACUGGCAGUCACAGUUACUGUAUUUCUUAGUCAUUUAAACGUCUUUCUUGUUUAUCAUGAUCACUCCUGCUGGUGUGUUUGACCAAAACUACUUUGAGUGUGUGAUGUGGAUCUGAACGACUUGAAUGAUUCGGUUACAGUCACUGUUAUUGAAUCACUUGUUAAAGUCAGGAUUAUGUAAGCAUGCACGUUGCAUGUGAAAUGCGCUGCAUGUGCAGUUACUUGUAAAUCAGCUCAUUUAUGAUAGGUGAUGAUGAUCAUGUGAUGAGUCUCCUUGGUAACACACAAACAUCACGUCCUCUAUAGUGCUGUAGUGGUGUGAUGGACAAUCGCACAUAAAUCCAAGUAACAAUCUUACAUAGCAAAAGAAUUUCUUUUCCUUGUUCAUGUAGUUUUUUUUACCAGCACGUCAAAUGUCAGCACAUUUGGUUUUUAAUGCACAUGUUUGUUUUCCUUUUUCACUUUGUUUUUAGAACAGUUUUGUUCUCUAGGACAGAAGGAUAGAUUUAUAAUAUAUGAGUACAUAUGCACUAUAUGUGUAUGUAAUGUAUAUUUGCAGUGUACACUGACACAGAGAGCGAGUCUGCGCUGUGCGCCGGCCUCCUCUCGAACCCGACACACUUUGCCUCAUAGAGACUGAGUGGCUUUCUGAUCUAUGUGAAUUAGGAAAGGUUGAAUAAAACACUGGAAAAAUUAAAA